CCACGGUGGUGAGGCCAUUCAAGGAGAUGUCCAGUUUAUCCCUGGCUCUAGGAGCCCCUACGAGAGCUCGAUGCCUGGGUGACUGUGGCCGGCGAGGGCAUGCGGAAGCCCCGAGGUAGCAGGGUCUCGGGCUGCCCAGAGGCAAAGGACAAGCCCCCGCUUCCCUUUAAGAACGUACUGCUUUCUCAGGCCCUGGCCGCAGCUCUAGCCGAAGACGGUGGCUUGGGCCGCGGAUUCAGAGCGCGUCACACCGGGUCUUAGAAGGGCAUGAUUCCCCAGUAAUAUUCCCUGCCCUGAUCCAAGGUGCCGCUUGGCCUCCCUCCCAGGGAAGACUGCUUCUUGUGUGACACCAGCCAUUGAAAGAGACUCCGAUGGACUUACACCGGGCAGCCUUCAAGAUGGAGAACUCAUCCUACCUUCCCAACCCUCUGGCAUCCCCAGCAUUGAUGGUCCUGGCGUCCACGGCUGAGGCCAGCCGGGAUGCUUCCAUUCCUUGUCAGCAGCCACGACCCUUUGGUGUACCUGUCUCAGUAGACAAGGAUGUGCAUAUUCCGUUCACCAAUGGUUCCUACACCUUUGCCUCUAUGUACCAUCGGCAAGGUGGAGUGCCAGGCACUUUUGCCAAUCGUGAUUUCCCCCCUUCCUUACUACAUCUGCACCCCCAGUUUGCUCCCCCAAAUCUAGAUUGCACCCCAAUCAGUAUGCUGAAUCAUAGUGGUGUGGGGGCUUUCCGUCCCUUUGCUUCCACUGAGGACCGGGAGAGCUAUCAGUCAGCCUUUACACCGGCCAAGCGACUUAAGAACUGCCAUGACACAGAGUCUCCCCACCUGCGCUUCUCAGAUGCAGAUGGCAAGGAAUAUGACUUUGGGACACAGCUGCCAUCUAGUUCCCCCGGUUCACUUAAGGUUGAUGACACUGGGAAGAAGAUUUUUGCGGUCUCUGGCCUCAUUUCUGAUCGGGAAGCCUCAUCUAGCCCAGAGGAUCGGAAUGACAGAUGCAGUGCCCAGCAAGAGGCCUGGAAGAGCAGAGGAAGUAACCCCUCCAGAACAGUGGUCUCUGUUGCCCACUGCAAAUUGAAUUCAGGUAAGAAGAAAGCAGCAGCAUUGUUUGACAGCCAGGCCCCGAUCUGCCCCAUCUGCCAGGUCCUGCUGAGGCCCAGCGAGUUACAAGAACAUAUGGAACAAGAACUGGAGCAGCUGGCCCAGCUGCCCACCAGCAAGAAUUCCCUUCUGAAGGAUGCCAUGGCUCCAGGCACCCCCAAGUCCCUCCUGUUGUCUGCUUCCAUCAAGAGGGAAGGAGAAUCUCCAACAGCAUCACCACAUUCAUCUGCCACUGAUGAUCUGCACCACUCAGACAGAUACCAGACCUUCCUGCGAGUGCGAGCCAACCGGCAGACCCGACUGAAUGCUCGGAUUGGGAAAAUGAAACGGAGGAAGCAAGAUGAAGGGCAGGUAUGUCCCCUGUGCAACCGCCCCCUGGCAGGAUCGGAACAGGAGAUGAGUAGGCAUGUGGAGCAUUGCCUUUCUAAGAGGGAAGGCUCCUGCAUGGCUGAGGAUGAUGCCGUGGACAUCGAGCAUGAAAACAGCAACCGCUUUGAGGAGUAUGAGUGGUGUGGGCAGAAGCGGAUACGGGCCACCACUCUCCUGGAAGGUGGCUUCCGAGGCUCUGGCUUCGUCAUGUGCAGCGGCAAAGAGAACCCGGACAGUGAUGCUGACUUGGAUGUGGAUGGGGAUGACACUCUGGAGUAUGGGAAGCCACAAUACACGGAGGCUGACGUCAUCCCCUGCACAGGCGAGGAACCUGGUGAAGCCAAGGAGAGAGAGGCACUCCGGGGCGCAGUCCUAAAUGGUGGCCCUCCCAGCACCCGCAUCACACCUGAGUUCUCUAAAUGGGCCAGUGAUGAGAUGCCAUCCACCAGCAAUGGUGAAAGCAGCAAGCAGGAGGCCAUGCAGAAGACGUGCAAGAACAGUGACAUCGAGAAAAUCACUGAAGAUUCAGCUGUGACCACAUUUGAGGCCCUGAAGGCUCGGGUUAGGGAGCUUGAACGGCAGCUAUCUCGGGGGGACCGAUACAAAUGCCUCAUCUGCAUGGACUCAUAUUCAAUGCCCCUAACGUCAAUCCAGUGUUGGCAUGUGCACUGCGAGGAAUGCUGGCUGCGGACCCUGGGUGCCAAGAAGCUCUGCCCUCAGUGCAACACCAUCACAGCGCCUGGAGACCUUCGGAGGAUCUACUUGUGAGCUAGCCACCCAGCAGGCCUUGCCUCGAGCAGCCUCAUCUGCCCCCAGCCUCUGUGACAGUGACCCUCUCCCCUUGUACAUACUUGCACACAGGUUCCCCGUGUACAUAUAUUCACAUGCGCGCACACAAGCAUACACACACACAGGACUCUGGAGCCAGAGUGGAGGCUGAGGCCCAGGCCUUGCCUGCUGGCUCCCACCAAGCCUGAGAACCAUACCCAUCCGGGCCUCUGUUCCCAGGGUGGAGCAGGGAGGUAGGGGUGGGGAGUAGAGGGGCAAGGCUCCUGAGAUACAGCUCCCAGAAGGACAGACAGACAUGCAAACACCAGACUGAAGCACAUGUAAUAUAGACCAUGUAUGUUUACAAUGUUGUGUAUAAAUGGGACAACUCCUUUGCUCUCCAUGCCCCCACCUUUGGUUGUAUUAUUUUCUUCUGUUUUUUUAAGAACUCUGGAAGCAGUGCCUCCUUCAGGGCUGGCUGGGGGCUCGGCCCAACCACCUCUUAGGGUAUCUGCCUCUUCCUCUCCCGUGGCGUCCCUUCCCUCUCCCAUGUGCUCGGUGUUCAGUGGUGUAUAUUUCUUCUCCCAGACAUGGGGUACAUGCCCUGAGGGACAUGACCCUCUCCUUAGUCUUAGCUCAUAGGGCUCUUCAUAAGGAGUUGAGGGUGGGGCAGGAAGUAGGUCCCGAGCUGAAGCAGAAGCUGAGGUCGGAGCUGACUGAAGGCGCCCCUGGCUGCACAGCCUUCUGCUAAGAACCAUUCCUGGGAGUAGAGAUGCUGUUCCCAGGGAAAAGUUGUCUCCUUGCCCCUCCUGUGGGCCCCAUGGUGUGAUGCUGUGUCUGUAUAUUCUAUACAAAGGUACUUGUCCUUUCCCUUUGUAAACUACAUUUGACAUGGAUUAAACCAGUAUAAACAGCU